AUGGAGCCGAUGGAUGUCCCCAGAACUGCUGCCCCGGCACGGCAAGUGAACCAGCUGAAGAGAACUGAGAUAGGUGAGGAAGAAUGUGGAUUGAAAGAGGGUCAGUCAGCAGAGAGAGAAAAGGAACCUAAUGAGUCCAGGGACCAUUUUACAACUUCAGUAUGCCAGCCUUCCAAAAUGUCUGUGAGGGAGGAACCACCCACAACCUUCAAGUGCAGCCGAAAGUAUCAUUGCAAAUCAGAACCUGACCGGAUCCGUACCAGAAAGAACCACAAUGAAUGUGACACAUCAGAAGAAACAUUCCAGGAAAAUGUAUACUCUGAUAAACAACAGAGGGUGAUAACUGGAGAAAUUAAAACUGAAUGUUUGGAAAAUGUGGAAGGAGAUCAUUUGGACACAUAUCGGUGCGAUCGUCCAGAAGAGGACCCUAAGGAUUCUGCGAGUGGGGAGAGUCACGUAAUUCAAAGUGAGGGAAGGAUGUUUGAAUGUUCUCAGUGUGGGAAAGGCUUCCCUCAGAGAAGAAAUUUGAUGAUCCACCAGAAAUCUCCUACCGGAGAGAAACUGUACAAAUGCUCUCAGUGUGGAAACAGCUUCAGUCAGAGAAGAAAUUUGAGUACACAUCAACGGCUUCAUACUGGAGCUAAACCGUACAAAUGUUCUCAUUGUGGAAAAUACUACAGCCUAGGAAAGUAUUUGAAAAGACACCAAAGCAUCCAUACUGGAGCUGAAACAAAAGGGUAUAAGUGCUCUCAGUGCGGGAAGUCCUUCAACCAGGAAAAAGGGUUGCUGGUCCAUCGGUGGAUUCAUACCGGAGAGAAACCGUACGAAUGCUCUCAGUGUGGGAAAUGCUUCAAUGAUCAACGAAACCUGAUGAGGCACCGGAGGAUUCAUACUGGAGAGAAACGAUACACAUGCCUGGAGUGUGGGAAAAGCUUCGUGUGGAGCAACCAGUUGAAAAUCCACCACAUACUGUAA